ACUCUUCCCCAACCGGCUCCCGUUCUGGAUGGAGUAUGGUACCCAGGAGCAUCGAAGCCCCGAAACCUUCUGCUUCGUGGCGUCCGUUCGGAACUGCCCCGUGAAACUUCUUGACGCCUCAUCCGUAGUUACGAGCUUCGUAUCGAAUCGUGGGUCACCGUGAACGCUUCGUCGCGCCUCACAGUAUGGCAUUCGAUCCUACGAUGACAAAGUUAUACUGCGGCUGCCAACCUGGGGAUGGCGUUCGUCUCGCUACCACCCCAUCAAAGAAGAGUCGUGACGGCUUGAAAGGCAUCAUCUCAGCUAUAUCCUUCUGUUCCGAUUACAGUGGUCUCUACGCUGCUGCAACUUACUCCACAACACCCAACGCUAUUGCCUUAUUCGAUCCAGAAGUAGGCGAAAGCGGGGACGUACGACAAGGUGGCGUCACCCAACUCCUUUUCCACCCUACUCAGCCGCACAUCUUGUUCGCGUCUAGGAGAAGUCCCGUCGUUCAAUUGGAUCGGUGGACGAGUGAAGGGAAGCUGACGAAUCAGAGGUUGAAGUCCGAUGUGGAUUUGGGGGGAAAGUGGCUUGCAGCUGGCGAUGAGGCUGGUUGGCUCUCCAUAUUUGACGUAUCCAAUGGAUUAAGUUUCAAUACUGAACCUGUUUUGAAGUUCAGGGCUCACAAUGAUGCUAUUGGAUCCGUGUCAUUCCAUCCUAUUCAAUCCUUGGCGUUAACGGUAUCAGGCUCGCGACAUUUCGACGUUACAUCUCCAGCGUUACCCCCUUCCAGGCCAGCUAGUACUACAGAUAUGACAUCCGACUCUGGGAGUGACUCUGGCCUCGAUGAGGAACUUGAGAACAAUGGAAUUAUAGUUCAUGAUCCUACUAUCAAGCUCUGGAACUUCUCUCCUCAGUCAACCAUACCGCAGUCUCCAAGGUAAUGCAGGAAUAUUAUCACUAUACGUACGUUUGGGUGAAUGUAAAAAAAAGGGCACCAUAAUUAUCCAAAAAAUGCAAUAUAAGAUUUUCAUCA